AUGGGCGUUCUUGGUCUCACUUCCUUCAUCGACAAUAAUCGCCAACUAUUGCAGUCUCACAAUCUUCAUGAUACACAGGUAGUUAUUGAUGGCCAUGGCGUUGUACACUGGCUUUACUUUCAAAACAAGAUUGACUUCCGCCAUGGUGGCAACUACAGAGACUUUCAAGAGCUGUGUUACAGAUUCUUCAAGUCAUUUAAGUUAUGCAAGGUUCAGCCUUAUAUCCUCUUUGAUGGUGCAUAUGACCUGAAUGAUCGGAAACUUGCAACUGUUAAAAGUCGUGCCAAACAACAAGUUCAGCGUGCACUUAAUAUCAUUAAAGGUGGUGGAGAUAAAAUCUUACCUCUGUUUGCCUUUGAAGUUUUUCUAAAAGUCCUCAAGAAGCUUGACAUUCCUUAUAUUUAUUGUGAUUUUGAAGCUGAUAAUGAGAUUGUUGCUCUGGCCAACUCAUGGAGAUGUCCAGUUAUUGGACAGGAUAGUGAUUUUUAUGUGUUUGAUAUCAGAGCAGGUUAUAUACCUCUUAAUUAUCUUUGGUGGAAGAAUCCCUGUCCAUUGUAUGAAGAAAGCGACAUCUUACCUACAGAUGAGUAUCCAGUCUUAGGAGGAAAGACUCGCAAACUUGGGAGUUACUGUUUGAAGACUGAAAUGUAUAGGUUGUCAAAAUUCUGUUCACACUUCAGUGUAAAUGAGGAUAUGGUUCCCCUGAUGGCAAGUUUACUUGGAAAUGACUACAUAGCACCAGAAAUGUUCAAUGAUUUCUUUUGCCAGGUAAAACUUCCAGGACAGUGCUUGCGACGUGUUUCCAAAAGACAUAUACAUAUUAAGGGAACUAUUAACUGGUUAUCCAAGUAUGAAUCAGUAAGUAGUGCUAUUACAGAUGUACUGAAAUGUACAAGGAAAGCAUCACGUAGAGACAUACAAGCAAAUCUUGAAGCCUCCAUGGAGAUGUACAAUCUAGAAAUGGGGUCAAAAUUUGUUAAUUAUUUUGAGAGAAAUCAUCUUGAUUCAAGUGUCUUGGAGAUUUAUGAAGGCCCCACAUUACCAGGCUGGUGUGUGGCUUUAUUCAGGCAAGGUCGAUUACCUUCAUUUUGUGUGAAUGUCAUGUCACAAAAAAGGUAUUUCACCUAUGAUAUGUUAGAAGAUGUAGACGAGCCAAGUUGUCACAAUUCUUCUUGCAUGAUUAGAAGACUUCUAUAUGGCAUUCUUCUGAAAAGUGUGAAAGAUAUUGAAGGACAGGAUUCAUGCCUGAAUACCCAAGCUCGAGCAGGAGUAGAAUGGCAGGAUGGAACAACUCAAACUCAGACUCCACUCAAAUCAAAACCCCUGUGUCAACAUGCAUUUAAUAAGCCACUUUUUGUUGAAGAAUUUACCAGAUACAAGUCAUCUUUGAAACAAUGUUUCAUUGAAGCAUUGGGCUCACUUCCUCUCUAUGGAGAGCUACCUACACUCUUCGACAUACCAUCUCUAACCCCAUCGAAGAAGAAAAGUCUUCUGGAUGAAGUUCUUGGUACUCAAGCAGCCAAACUUGAUGCAGUUCCAAAGGAACUUCAAUUUCCCAUUUGUGUUUCUAUAUACUGGAUUACAAUGGCAGAACCCAAGGUUCAUCUUCACCAUUUCCAAGGACUGCUACUGUGUUUUCUCAGGUGGUACUUUAUGGAUAUUUUCAGCACUGAACAAACUAAAGGGGUAGAUGAUUCCGGUUCUGAGGCUUGUGACAAAGCAAUACAAGAUGCACCAACAGUUCAUGAGAAAACAAGCACAAGAAAAGAUGCUGAUGAAAGGAAGAACAUUCCACUGAAGCAGUUACUUCUAUCAGCUUAUAGGCAGUAUGAAAAUGUGUCAAAGCAGUCUUAUUUGGACCUAAAUGCACUUCAAGCAUGUGCACAAUGGCAAAGCUGUAUGAAGUAUUCAAUGUUUGUAAACUCGCUGCUUGGUGAGAUAUAUCCUACCCCUGACAUCUGCAAACUUUUCCAUGGCAGUCUGGUACAUAGUAUGAGCACAACAGUGAAGGCAUUGAAGAAAGCUGACCCUACUGAGUGGCUGCAGAGCAAAUUGUUUGCAGACAUCCCAAAGGUAUUAGAAAUGUAUAUAGAAUUGAACCACACUGUCAUGUCAGUGGUUCCUUCAAGUGCGUUCCACCAGACAAAAUCUAAGAAGCAUUUAGCUAAAUCUUUCAUAGCAGAGAACACUGAUUUACCUUCUCAAGAAGAGUGUAACAAUGAACCAACUAUUGAAUUUUGUUCAAAUCCACUUCUGUCAUAUGAAGUGACAUGUGAUGUGCAGAAUCGGUUUGCUGGAUUAAUGGAACCUGAUGAUUAG